AGACCAACGGUUCAUGGAAGUUAAACUGCAAUCUCUCUCUCUUUCUCUCCCUCCUCUGGUCUUACUCCCCAUCCUGCUAUAGACUUGAACAACACAUCUUCAAAGCCCAAUCCUUUAGGCUGACAGCUGGAUUCCUGAUCGACCUCCAUUUCAACUCUCAUAGCGUCCAAUUUGAGGGGGUUGAGUCAACGAACAUGUGGAGAAGCAAAAGGGUGUCAUUUUCGAUCAUAUACAUUUGCAUCUUCUGUUGGGCAUUCUGUAUUAUUAGUGUCUACGCUCAAGACCCAGAAUUCGGAUCAGCUCGAGUCGUCUUCCAGACAAAUUAUGGGGAUAUUGAAUUUGGUUUCUAUCCUAGUGUGGCACCCAAAACCGUUGACCACAUUUUCAAGGUUGAUCAGGGUUUUGUUGCCCAAGUGGCAGAUGUUGUGGGUGGAAGAACCGCUCCUAUGAAUGAUGAGCAAAGAAUGGAAGCUGAGAAGACUGUUGUUGGUGAAUUUAGUGAUGUCAAACAUGUAAGGGGCAUUCUUUCUAUGGGGAGGUAUGCUGAUCCGGACAGUGGCUCAUCCUCAUUUUCAAUACUUCUUGGAAAUGCCCCUCACCUUGAUGGCCAGUAUGCAAUAUUUGGUAAAGUUACCAAAGGAGAUGAGACCCUGAAAAAGCUUGAGGAACUUCCUACUCGUCGGGAAGGGAUCUUUGUGAUGCCAACUGAGCGCAUUACCAUUCUGUCAUCAUACUAUUAUGGUGAGAAUCUUGUGGCCUACUAAUCCAUUUUUUGUAUAUAUACUUAUAUGUGGUCGUUGCUUAUAUCAACAAUGGUCUAUCAUGGGAUAUAAUCUUGCACCUUCACCAAUUGAGUGGCUUACAGAUGCCACUUGAGCUAUGAGCUUGUAAAUAUGAAUCCACCACGUGUUGUGGUUUGUUUCUUCUAUGUUCCGCACUCUUUGGCUUGCUGCUGUACAGAGAAAAAUAGAUGUAACUUGUUCUUGCUUGUACAAGUUUGCUAAACACAUAACAUUAGUACUUGAACACUUUCCAUAACGAGUUGUAGUAAAAAAUGUUCUAUUGUGUACCAGUGAUUCCUCUUUUGUUCCCAGAAAUUCUCUCUUCCCAUGGAUAUUGAAAUAAUCUGAAGAUGAUAGCAGUCACAAGUUUUGGGUUGUCUUGUUUGAUUGUUCUAACAAGUUGACAGUCCAGAAAAUAUGAGUUAAGGAUCUUUUUUCUCAUGAAGUUCCCCUAAUUGGUCUUUAGGUUGUAGGAAAUCUACACCAACUUUGGCUGACUAUAAUUUCAACUUCCUGGCUUGCAAUUCUGUAUUUUGCUGUUCUCUGCUCCUUUUCCUAAAUUUAAUGUUUAUGAGAUUUUUGAGGAUACAGGCACGAGAUUUUGUUGGAACAAAAGCUGCAUAUUGAAGUAUAGUAGUAAAAACUGUCCUUGACUUAGCCUAAAGCACAAAACCUACUCAUUCCUCUACACUUACAGAAGCUAGGCAGUGAUGAGUCUUAGUUGCAGCGUGGAACACAUGAUUUGUUUGUAAUCUCAUUCAUCCAGCUUUUUUUUUUUUUGUGACAUUGUCCUUGUGGUGCGUCUAACUAAUCAAUUUAGAAGCUGAAAGAAAGUAAAGCUUAUGCAGUCAAAAAUUGAGUCUUCCUAUGUCAGAACACGUGAGCUUUGUUAACCAUAGCCUCUGCUUAGAUUCAUUAUGCUAUUUUCGAAACCUUCAUUUUGGUUACAAAAGUCUAAUGCCAUAAUCAAUGGUGACAAAGGCAAACCCAAACCCAAACCCAUAGCAAAUAUGCUAUAGCUUUAAGUUCAUGUCCAAUUAUUUUUCAUCUCACCAAAGCAAUUUCAAUGUUGAGCUCUGUCUUCAUUCAAUUUAACAAGCCUACCACCUUUCAAAUUUGUGGUAGGAUGAUAGACAUAAGUGUUUUUUUUUGUCACCUUUCUGCUAUGACAAAGUUGGUAAAAAGGAACUUACAUUAUGUGUUGAAGAGGUUCAUGAGCAUUCAGUGGUUUGCAGAAACUAUCAUGCAAGCAAGGAGUUUGGUCUUUGCUAUUAGGUUGGCGGGUAGAUUUAGUUACUCUAAAGUGAACCAACACAAUACAGUCUACCAACAAAUUAUUGUUACUAUUAUCCAAUCGUAGUGAAAAAGAUUUUGUUUGAGUCAAGUAGGCAUUAACGGGCAAUCUUAGGGGAGCUCAAUCAACAUAUCUUAGGUGAAAUCCCUCAGCUUGUUCGUGGAUAUCAGGUAAAAGGGACAUUAUUCAGUCAGUUGUUCCCAUUUUUUGGUUUUUUAUAAAUUUUACUGUUUUUAUUUCAAGAUACCACAAUGGAAACUUGUGAACAAGAGAAGUCAUCAUUGAAAAGGAGGCUUUCUGCAUCAUUUGUUGAAAUUGAAAGACAGAGGAUGAAAUGCUUCCCGUGAAGAAGCAGGCAAGAGCCAGUUAAAGGAGGAACUAAUUUUACCAUUGCUGCUUGAAGUUUCACAUAGAGCAUCAGAUAAACAAAGUAGCUGCCUAAUCAGAUUAAGAUCACUUGGCUCUUCUAUUCAAGUUUGGUAAAAGCUCACUGACUGUUCAUAGCUUUGAUUUAUUUCCUCCUGAAACUUGGCUGGGACACAUUGCGUUGCACCCAACUGUGUGAGUUCGUUGGUGAAUAUGCUUUUGUAGAGAACCAAUCAUACUCUGAAUUCUUUUUCUUCUUCUUUGGGCUUAAUAUAUACUGUACUUCAACCAAUUCCAUACAAUCUUUGUUUUGUCUCUUGGGCUUGCAUAGUUAAAUAUUUUGCAUUUCAGUUUCAGAGCUCUAGUUCUGGAGGUUAUGUACAAUUGCUAGUAGCUCAUUAUGGGCUAUGGCUCAAACUACUGUUAUUCAUCUUUGCCGAAAAGUCACUAGUAAUGGGGUUCAAUGGAAGAUUUUCCAUUUCUUUGGAUUGUUCGGCCCGACUUUGAGGCAGAUGAUGCGGUUGAAUGCAG